AUGAAACCAACCAGAAUACCCAACAAUCUGCUAAGAAGUAGUGGUCUGGUACAGAGACCACCCAAAAUCAUAACUUUUGAUGCGUAUAACACGCUUUAUGCGAUAAAGAGACCAGUUAUGGAACAAUACUGUAUUGUUGGGAAAAAAUACGGUAUAGAUGCUAAUCCAAAGGAGCUUACUCUAAGGUUUCCAGAGGUAUUCAACAAGAUUCGAAGCCUAUACCCUUUAUACGGCAAGAAAUCAGGAAUAACGGCCGACCAAUGGUGGGAGAAUCUGAUUAGAGAAGUAUUCAAACCCUUGGAGAUUCCUCAGGAGAUGGUUCGAGACAUUUUAAUAAGGUUUGAAGGGUACGAGGCGUAUACGGUGUAUCCCGAUGUGAAGGAGUUCUUGGAGAAAAUGAGAACGAAAUAUCCUGAUGUUAUAUUGGGAAUCAUCAGCAAUACCGAUCCGAUUGUCCUUAAGCUAUUAGAGAACAUAGGACUCAAGAAUUACUUUGACGGCAAUAUAUACCUAUCAUAUGACCUUGAGAUCAAGAAGCCUGAUCCGAUGAUAUUUCAGUACGCAAUCGCCGAUCUAUUUAAACGAUACGAUUUACAGAAAGAAUUCGGUGAUCUAGAAACAUUCAGGAAGUCAGGAUUGAUAUGGCAUGUAGGAGAUGAAGAAAAGAAUGAUUUACUAGGAGCACAUAAUGCUGGUAUCAACGGGGUCCUUGUUGACCGAUGUAACGAAUUUGGUUAUUUCAAUCCUCCAACUGAAAAUCCGGAAAAUAAUAAGGGAUUAUCAGAGAACGAAUUAUCCUUACGGAAGGUGUGCAACGAAUCAGAGUCUUCUUUUGAACAAUCUGCCGCCAUCAAUGAUGUAAUUCAGGUCAGCGAAGGCCAAUAUGUUAUAACAAACUUUAAAACUUUAGACACAAUGCUAUUCUAUUAA